ACAAGGUUGAUCAUAUGUUAAACCAAGCUGAUGUGAAUACUUAAACCUGUGUAUUUAAACAAGGAGUAAGAGUAGACAGUAGGGUGAACCUUUGCAAAUAACUUAGCAAAUAUUGGAGAUUGAAAGGAAAAAGUUAAAUAUCAUUACAGAAGUAAAACUUGAGAACUGGGAUUUAAAGUGUUGCUGGAAAUUAUAAUGUUUAAAAUGACUGUGAAAUGAAAUUGGGACAGCUUUAUUGGUGAAUAGAUCAGUUCAGAUUACACAUUGAAUAAAAUAUCUACAAAAUGGCUACUGGUAAACAAAUAGAUACGGAUAUUCUUUCCGAUGAAAUAUUUGAUGUAUUAUGUUCAAUGUGUAAAAAUAAAGGGAAAAACACUGAAGGUGAAAAAUACUGUGUAGACUGUAAGGAUUAUUUCUGUAUAACUUGUGUUCAAGUACAUGGUCAAGUGCCUCUGUGUGCUGGUCACAAGGUGCUGGAUAAAUCUCAAGUUAAGUCAGGAACCAGCAAAGGUCUGCCGAGGGCACCAACAGAGAGAUGUGACAGACACAGUCAUAAACACAUUGAUAUGUACUGUCAGAACCAUGAUAAUGUUGGCUGUUCUACAUGCAUGGCAGUUGAUCACAGAUUAUGCAAGGACACAUUCUACAUACCAGAAUUUAUCCAAAACAAUACUUGCCAAGUUGCAUCCAGAGAAAUUCAAACAAGACUCAAGGAAAUAGCCAAGACCCUUGCUAAACAAGCUGAUAGAUUUAAACAGGAUAAACAAAGGCUGCUGAAGAGGAAAGCAGAAAUACUGGCUGAUAUCAGAAAAUUCCGACAAGAAAUCAAUGAUCAUCUUGACAAACUGGAGAAAACUUCUAUAGAUGAGAUAGAAGAUAAAGUCAAAAGUCUUGAAGACAAGAUAGAAGAUGGUCUCAAACAGCUACAAGCAAAUAAGUCCAGGAUUACAUCAGCUAAUGAUAAAUUAGCAUCUACAAACACAAAUAAAGCUGAAGUGUUUGUUCAUGUUAAGAUGGCAGAGGAUGCUGCAAAUGUUGCCAACAUAUAUAUUGAAGAUGCAAAAAUUAAAAAUACAGUAGAAGACAUAGAUUUUCAACCUGAUAGAACAAUUCUUACACAGCUAGAACAAAUGAAGGCCCUAGGCACACUAUCAGAAAAACCUACAAAGGCUUCUGUUAAUUUAUUUCAGAUUAAAGGACAUCAAUUAUAUAAUGUAAAAGUUAAGUCUGAUAAAAAUAAUUGUCAUAUCACCAGUGCCUGCUGUAUGGAAGAUGGUACAAUAAUUCUUGCUGAUUACAACAACAACAAACUUAAACGGUUACACAGUUAUAACUAUACUGUCACUGACUACUAUGAUCUACCUGGAGGACCAUGGCAAGUGUGUAUGAUCAAUAACACACAAGUUGCAGUAACUGUUCCAUCACAAAAGUCAGUUCAUUUCAUUUCUCUUAGUGGUAAAAUGAAAACAUCAAACAAGAUUAAAACUGAUUUUGAAUGUUAUGGUCUUGCAUAUGCAAACAAUAAUUUAUAUAUUUCAGACUCUGACACAUCAGUAUAUAUGUAUACAUUGUCUGGUAGGAAGCUUAAUCAGUUCAGUAAGGAUCAAUCAGGACAUAAGCUGUUCUCUGACAUACGCAGUAUAGCUGUCAGUAAGGAUGCUACAAGGAUUUAUGUUGCUGACUGCCGUAAUGGACUGAUAGUACUGGACAACAAUGGUCAGGUUAUUACAUCAUUUAAUGAUGAACAAUUAAAGAGGGCUACAUGUUGUUAUCUCACUGAAGCAGGUAGUGUGCUGGUAUCUGGAGAUGGCUCCAAUAAUGUUUUACAGUUUACAUGUGAUGGUGAGCUGAUAGGAGAGGUUAUAAAAGCUGAUAGUAGAAAAGCGGAAUAUUAGAUCAGUCUGUUGUAAUCAACAAAUGACUAAGAUGUGUAUAAGCAGAUGGAUGGAUGACAACAUUGAAGUGUAUGAUAUCUAAUCUUUUAAGUAAAUAUAUGAACCACUAUCAAUAAAAAUAUUAUUUAAAGAAUAUCCUGGUUCAUAUGUAAAAUUCAAUAUUUAAACAGAAAAUGUAAAAGAAAAACACAGUCACUUAAAUAACUUGAUUGUGACAAGUACAUGACUUUUGUAUAUACAUGUUCAAUAUGUCAUGAUACUACUUAAGUUUAAUUCAUUGUGAAUAUACAUGAAUUGUGUUGUAGAAAUUUAUUUGAUUUAUCAUAUACAUUGUAUUCUUGCAUUAUAAUUUAUAUCAAAAUUUAUAUAUUUUUAAAACUGUAUGUUGUGUGACUUAGAUGGUGUUUAUGAGUGAAAUAAAUGUAGAAUUUAAACAUAUUUUUCAUCUAUAU